AUGACACCAUCUAAACUGCAAGAUCAUCUGAGAAGAUGCCACCCUGAUAAAACAGAGAAAGAUUUGAAAUACUUUCAAACACUCAAAGAUAAAUUUCAGAAGAGACCUACACUGGACAGAAUGUUCGCUUCGACGUCACAAAGAAAUGAUGAUGGUUUGCGGGCGUCUUACAAUAUCUUGUUACUUAUAGCAAAAUCCGGAAAACCGCAUACUAUCGGAGAGAAGUUAAUUUUGCCAGCCGUUGAAGAGGUUUUAAAAAAUGUUUUACACAAACCUGCAUCUGAUAUCAUUAAAAGAAUUCCCUUAAGCAACAAUACUGUUGAAAGACGUAUUGAUGAGAUGAGUUCUGAUAUUGAAAGCUUCUUAUGUAAUUAUUUGCAAACGACCCAUUUCUCUAUACAACUGGACGAGUCAACUUUACCUGAUAAUGCAGCAUUAUUAUUGGCAUAUACAAGCUGCCAGGAAGACGACGUUUCAACUUAUGUUCAACAUUUAAAUGCCCUCUAUUCAGAUUUUGAAUCUAGGUUUGAGGAUAUUUUGAUUAUGGUAAUACCACCGUGGAUAAUUAAUCCAUAUGGUGACAUAGAAGAAACGAAUGUCAUAAUACAAGAGGAACUGACUGAAGUACAAACGAAGAACUUAAGGUUCAGUUUAAACAGAGAUAUCAGCAAUUCUGGCUGCAAAACAACAUACCCGUUACUUAUCCCGUAUUAUGGAAUAUAG